GUUUUUCCUGCAGAUUAUGAGUGUUAAUUCGGGAGUGAGAAAGCUUCCCAGCGAAAAUACCAGUUCAGGGAGAAGAAGCGUGUUGAACCGCAGUUAUUCCAUUAAACCUGUGAUUAGCAAAGUAGAGACCUUUUUGAAGAGAACACUGCCACCAGAGGACCUCAUCAAAGUCAGGACUUACGAAUCCUGCGUGAUCAAGGAUUCGGAUGAUGGCGGAAAUCCGGUGUCCAAGUAUGUUAUCGUCACAAAUUCCGGGAUCUUCACAACCGACAACCCGCAUCCCAAGUCUCUCGUGCUCACUGUUGACCUCACUGCGAUCGUUUCCGUUGAUCUAGUGAGUAUAAAAACAGUGCAUAUAAUCACCAUUGUAAUAAGUGACGUCCUC